AUGCGCGGUUUUCAAACUGCUCGGUUGAUGCUUCUGGGCAUAGCCGUCGCCGUAGCUAGUACAUCAACAAGUGAUUCAGAUGCUCCUGCCAUACUCAACUUUCGACCCGACAACGUGACCUUGGCUGACUACUAUCUUUGGGUUGGAUCGUAUUACAAUGGCACAACACAUUUUGAAUUCUCCCCAUAUGCUGGACUCGCAGCUUCCACAUCCUCGUCAGCAUGUCCGGCUAUUCGCAACAAAACGAUCACAAAAGAUUAUACCACUGUACUAGGGCUCACAGAGCCAGCCACAUACAAUACAGUCAAUGACCCGGUCAACGCCUUUCUCAAUCUCUGGCCUCUUGGCUUCGACCUCGGCACAAUCAGUAACCUGUGGUGGGUCGAGCAGCUAUUUUACCGUGAUUAUGGCUUAUAUUCGUCCUAUCCGGUCACUACAAAUUACAGCAUCGACAAAGGUUACAAUAACUUUAACUGGACACUGGAGAAAACUCAGGCCCCGCCGUACAAUCUCUCCAGCGUUCUGACAAGAUAUGCGGGCGAAAGUUACUUGUAUGUCAACAGUACAACGACCGCAAACUGCAGUGGAACCGAGGUUUCUAGUUGGAAAAUUGCAAUAAUGUCCUACAAUACCACGUACAACGGAACUAAUUUCACGAACCCGGUCGUUGAUCUCCAGUUUGAUGGUACCACUGCAAACAUGUCUAUGAGGGGGGACUUUAGUGCAGUCGCCUUGUAUUGGAUACAGGGAGUGUGGGAGGAAUACAACGUGAUGCUCGCGGGCGAAUUCAGCAUGACGUUUUCAGGUCUCAUUGAUCUCUAUCAUUCGGAUGUUCUGAGGAAUGAUACCGCUACCCCGACCUGGUUGCGCACCGUUGGCUAUCAGAAUAAUUCGUUGAAUGUUGGCUAUAUAUCUGCAUCAGCCAGGAAUCAGCUGUUUGGAUCUUGUUUGCUGGCCGGGAUGUUAGCGCUCGCCCAAGUGGUCCUGUUUUUCUUUUGA